CGACAAGUCGACACUCGAGGCAGCCGACAGGGGGCGCCACUACCAACAAACGCCUCCCUGUGACCACAGACUGUGUUUGUGACAGGGAUUGGGAGGCUGCUGGGAAAAGAUGGCAGCUUCCUUUUGUGUGUGUGGACAUACUGUACUCCGAGGGGGCAUUUAAAGACAUUCUUCAGUGGAUACACGGAUCUCCAUCGCAUACUCGGGGUUCACACCGCCGGUUCUCCAAACAUUUUGAGCAGGAGAACAUGGAGAAGAGCGGGAGCAUCGACAGUUUGGGCUCGAAACGCUCCUCUUCCCGACAGCCGAGUGUUGAUUCAUUGUCCAGUUGGCUAAUUAUUUAGUCAAAUGAUGGUUUCAGCACAAGUGAAAUGGGAUGAGACAUGGCUGCGGUUACUCCCUUCUCAGACAGAAGUUUGUCAUAUUAUCUCUCGCCAGUACUUCCACAUCUCGCUCUGACCGGUCUGCCCAGGCCAAGCCACCGUCUGCGAUGUCCUCUGACUCUGUGUCUACCUCUGCAGAGCUCUCCCCAGAGCUCAGGGUUAAGCCCAAAACUCUUGCCAAGCAGGUGCUUAGAGAUUCAGACAAAGAGGAGCCACAGUUACUUCCAAAUGAAACUGUGCAAGACAUGGCCCAAGAUGUCACCUACUUCUGUCCGUUCACUGGAGCACUGAGGGGAACAGUGACAGUUACCAACUACAGACUUUUCUUCAAAUGCAUAGACAGGGAGCCACCAUUUGUGCUGGACCUGCCCCUUGGGGUGGUGAGUCGUGUGGAAAAGAUUGGGAGUGCAUCAAGCCGUGGUGAUGUGUCCUAUGGGCUUGUUUGCAAGGAUGUGCGAAAUUUACGAUUUGCACACAAACAAAUGGAGGACACACUCAGGAAGUCCAUUUUCGAAGUGCUGAUGAAAUUUGCGUUUCCCGUUUCCAACGGGCUGCAAAUCUUUGCCUUUGAAUAUGGGCAAGUCUUUCCUGAAAAUGGAUGGAAGGUGUAUGACGCUGUCUCAGAAUACAAAAGACAGGGUAUACCUAAUGAAAGCUGGAGGAUAACAAAAGUAAACGAUCACUACGAGGUUUGUGACACCUACCCAUCAACUCUGGCAGUGCCUGUCAACAUACCAGACGAAGAGCUGAAGAGAGUAGCUGGCUUCCGAGCAAAGGGAAGGAUACCUGUGUUGUCAUGGAUCCAUCCAGAGAGCCAGGCGACAGUGACACGCUGCAGUCAGCCCAUGGUUGGGGUAAACGGGAAGCGCAGCAAAGAGGAUGAGAAAUACCUCCAGGCGAUCAUGGAUGCUAAUGCUCAGUCCCACAAACUCUUCAUUUUUGAUGCCAGGCCCAGCGUCAACGCUGCCGCCAACAAGAUGAAAGGGGGUGGUUAUGAAAGUGAGGAUGCGUAUCAAAAUGCUGAGCUGGUGUUCUUGGAUAUUCACAACAUCCAUGUGAUGAGAGAGUCACUCCGCAAGCUGAAGGAUGUGGUCUACCCCAACAUCGAGGACUCCCACUGGCUCUCCAAUCUGGAGUCCACUCAUUGGCUUGAGCACAUCAAGUUGAUCCUGGCAGGAGCACUGCGGAUUGCCGACAAGGUGGAGUCUGGGAAAACAUCGGUGGUGGUGCACUGUAGCGAUGGUUGGGACCGCACAGGUCAGCUCACCUCCUUGGCCAUGCUCAUGCUGGAUGGUUACUACCGCACCAUUCGUGGCUUCGAGGUGCUGCUUGAGAAAGAGUGGCUGAGCUUUGGUCACCGCUUCCAGCUGCGUAUCGGUCAUGGUGAUAAGAACCACACAGACGCAGACCGUUCACCUGUUUUUAUUCAGUUCGUUGACUGUGUCUGGCAGUUGACUCGCCAGUUUCCUGCAGCCUUUGAGUUCAACGAAUACUUCCUGGUAACCAUCUUGGACCACCUGUACAGCUGCCUGUUUGGGACAUUCUUGUGUAACAGCGAACAGCAGAGGCUGAAGGAAGAGAUUCCCAAGAGGACAGUGUCGUUGUGGUCUUAUAUAAACAGCCAGCUGGAGGAGUUUACCAAUCCUUUGUAUGUGAACUAUUCCAACCAUGUGCUGUUCCCUGUAGUCAGCUUACGUCACCUGGAGCUUUGGGUUGGCUACUACAUCCGCUGGAACCCUCGCAUGAGACCUCAGGAACCUGUUCAUCAGCGCUACAAGGAGCUGUUGGCGAAACGCGCUGAGCUGCAGAAGAGAGUGGACGAGUUACAGCGAGAGGUGACCAAUCGCUCAGCCUCCUCUUCCUCUGAACGGGCGGGCUCUCCCACACGCUCCAUCACUCCAGUGCAGACCUUUGUUUGACACAACUUGACCCUCAUGGCAGUCGCAGAAGCUGAGUCCUACCUGUGAGAAGGUGCCAUACAGUAGUAAUCAGUAGGCAACGCCUGGCGCCACAAAGGACCUGUGUGCCAAAUUGCCUCUUUGGGUGACAAACCGUGUUAUUACACUACCACCAAAAGUCUGAUUAGGCAGAUUACUGUAUUUGCAUCUCACAGGUCAUGUAGAGUCUGCUUGCAACAGAAGGGAGUCUGUCUCAGACCGCUUUACUACAGCCAUAUUGUACUCUUCCUCCACAGUUGAGAGGACAUGUAACCUGAAUAGCGAGUACUCUUUAGCAUAUUGACCUACCUACAAUCAGUGUUGAUUUUUUUAUUUUUAAGUACACUAUACUAUUACGUGGGUAAAAUUUGUAUUUCUUAUACACUUCAUAGGAACACUCACUUGAAUCCUCUACACGGCAAUUGUUUAUUAGAUAUUGAUUUGAAAGCAACACCGCUGAAGCAAUUGUGAAGAUGUACAUUGCUGCAAAAAAUAAAAUUGAGCUCAAAACUGUAGUACUAAAACCAACUAAAUGGCUCGGGAGUUGUUAAAUAUUCAAAAAUGUAGCUAAAGGGCUAUAAUGUUAGCUUCUUAUAAUAGUAAAAAAAAAAAAAAAGUCAUAGAGUGCAUUAAAAAACGUUGGCAGGUUGUCUUCACCAGCCAGUGAUUUUAGAUUGUUGUGACCAAAAAACAGUUUAUUUUUAAUUUUUAUGAAUACAUAAUUGCAUUCCUCUCAUUGAGUGAUUUAAGUUUUGUAAGUUUCAUUUUUCUAACAAGUUAACAUUAUUUAUUAAGCUUUAGUCCAGACUUGUAUUUAUGGCUCACAAAUGUCAGAAAUUCAUUAGAGAUGUUCCCAUGCAAUAUUAAUAAGCCACACAGAAUAUGCAAGAGUUUAUUUGGCCCAGUUAAGUCAUUUACUCAAAAUGUUUAUGUGUGGACAUUUCUUUCAGACGCUUUUUAAAGCUAGUAUCAGCUAAUAUUUUUUUUAUAGGCAGUAGAUGCGUAACAACUAAUAAUUUGCUUUGAGUGUUUGUUUUUUUUUUAGUUAAAUGAAUCUCAUUGAAUAUCUGUGCCUUUCUCUGAAUGACUGAGAAUAACGAGAGAAAAGUGUGCAUAGGUUUUAAUUGCCAAGGUUAAAUGGUAAAUACAGUGUUAGUUAGGCUUUCCACUGCGCAUGUGAAUACUUCCAAUAAACACAGGACUCAACUUCAAGGAUUCAGUAUGGUUUGUUACAUUAGUGUGGUGUGAACACAACACCCUCCAGUCUAUUUCUUGGUUUUAGCUAUUAGUGUUUCAAAUGGUAGCAGAACCCCAAUGACAUUAGCAUUAAUUAUCUCUUGUUAUGGUCUUGGCAUAAUAUAUAAGAAAAUGAGUGCCUUUUUUAUAAAUGAAGAAAUAUGAAAGUGAUUUAAAGGUCUGAAAUUUACAGUGUGACUGUGCCGUGGGGUAACAUUAGAUUGCAAUGGCUCUGAAAACAUUAGCAUGGUCAUAUUCAAGCUGUUUCACUCUCAUACCUAAAUAUUAGAUGAGUAGCCAUGAAUUGGCUUUAAGGCAUCCUUUACCUAUUAACAGACGUAUUAUUCUCUUGACUUUUGUUUUUAAUUUAUGCCUACUUAAAGUUAAUUUAUAUUGCCACUUAUAUUGAAUUACUCUCCCUUUAAAAAUGUACAGCUAUUAGAGCAUGACCAUUUUUCCACAUGUAUAAAGUGACGGUGCAAUGCUGUAUCCACUUCAUUGCUCAAAACUUGUUUUGGGAAAUUGAUAUACUGCAGAAAACAGCAACCUGUACUGUCAAAUGUCAAAAUGUAUACAAAUAUUUAAUUAAUUAAAAGUGCUGAUACUAUAUAGUCAA